AACCGGGCUGAGACAUAGUGAAAGACGGACGGAUUUUACGCGAUUUUCACCGUAAGGAGGCCUUUUGGGCUUCCGGAAUCGAUCUGGAAAUAAGCUUUAAGGCUUUGGCUUUAAGAUGACAAUAAUAUUGUUUCUUGUAGACACUAGUGCGUCUAUGAAUCAACGCACUUAUUUGGGUACCUCUUUGAUCGACAUAGCGAAAGCAUCAGUUGAGAAUUUUAUGAAGAUUAGAGCCCGCGAUCCAAACAGCCGCUGGGACAGGUACAUGCUUUUGACUUUGGAGGAUCCCCCAUCAAAUAUCAAGGCUGGUUGGAAAGAGAGUCAUGCAACAUUUACUGCUGAAUUAAAGAAUCUGACAGCAGCAGGAAUGACCUCUAUGGGGAAUGCAAUGAAGAGUUGUUUUGAUUUGCUCAAUGUCAAUAGAAUGCAAUCUGGUAUUGAUACAUAUGGGCAGGGAAGAUGUCCACAUUAUCUGGAACCUGCAGUGAUUAUAACACUUACAGAUGGUGGAAAACUUACAUCAUUUAGUGGUGUGCAACCAGAGUUGAAUAUUCCAAUGAACACUUCCUGUGUCCCUGGACAUGAACUUACAAAGGAACCAUUCAGAUGGGAUCAGAGGAUAUUUGGGCUGGUGAUGAGAUUACCUGGCAGUGUGCCAAUUGAUCUGAGUAGUAAUACAUUCAUUCCGUCUGCUGACAAUCACCCUUUAGAUCUGAUGUGUGAAGUCACUGGAGGUCGUUCCUAUGCAGUUUAUAACCAAAAGAUGCUCGGUGCAGCAAUAGAAAGUCUUGUAUCCAAGGUACAGAAUGGUGUAGUGAUACAGUUUGAAAAAAUAGGCCCUGACCCACCACUGUUACCAAAUGAACUUAAUAAGUUAGAGAAUGAAAGUAUGAAAGAGAACCAGAGCAUGAAUGGUCAGAUAAUUAAGAUGGAGGAAGAACCGAAAGCUGCGCCCACACCACCACCCUCACAUUUACCGGGGAACACAAGUUGGCACAAUCUGCGACGCUUGAUACUUGUACCAAGGUCGGCACAGAAAGGCUAUUCCGUAGGGCACUGGCCAAUACCAGAGUCAUUCUGGCCAGAUAAUACAAAUCAAACAUUGCCACCAAGAUCUGCACAUCCAAAUGUUCAGUUUUCAUGCAAUCCUUGUGAGCCUAUGGUCAUUGACAAUUUACCGUUCGAUAAAUAUGAACUUGAACCGUCACCGCUUACGCAGUAUAUUUUGGAACGUAGACAGCCAAAUGUGUGCUGGCAGGUUUUCAUUAGUAACAGUGCUAGAUACAGUGAACUAGGACAUCCAUUUGGAUAUAUAAAAGCCAGUAGUGCAUUGACUUGUGUCAAUUUAUUUGUGAUGCCAUAUAAUUAUCCUGUGUUACUGCCAUUGUUAGAUGAGUUAUUUAAGGUUCACAAGUUAAAGCCAUCUCCCCAAUGGAGACAGAGAUUUGAUAACUACAUUAAAACUAUGCCAGGAUACUAUGCACAGCCAUUGAAAAGGGCACUAGCUAGGAUGGGUGCUCAUAACCUCGUACCGGAGAGUAUGGAUAAUUGUCUUUCAUAUAGUGUCAUUACCUACCUGAAAAAGUUGAAAAAUAUGGCAAAGAUGGAAAUGGACAGGCUAGUAGCAUCUGUUGGUUCCAAAGUUCCCCCACAUGAAGGCAUCAAAGUUAGCUCAAGAACAAAGACUUCUGUAUUACAAAGAAAAGAUUUCAGCCAAUUGUUGAAGAAUGUUGGAGGAAAUUUAUCUAGUCUAAAACAGGAACUUACAGAUUACAACACGUUUACUAUAGCUGUACCGGACAAGGAAAUUAAACCACAGCAAUUUAGAAAUCCAUAUGAUAUUCCACGCAAGAGUUUACUAGAUCAGAUAGCAAGAAUGAAAACCAACUUUCUCCAGACAUCUUAUACCAAUAAAACAAAACUGUCUGAUACAGAUGAGUUACACAGUGUACCUAUAGGGCAGAUGGGUAAUUAUCAGGAAUACCUCAAGAAAAUUUACAGUGAAUCACCACCUCUACGUCAGUUAGAAAAUACACCAACUAGGGUCCAUAUGUUUGGAAAUCCAUUUAAAGUUAACAAGAACAUUAUGGUGGAUGAGGCUGAAGACUCAAUGUUAGGUGGACAACAGUCUCAGAAGAAACGAAAUAUGGAUUCCCCGCCUGGUUCACCUGGACCUCGAAAAAGGAAACCUGGGCCAUUGCCAAAAGACACUCCAAUACGUCGCCCAAAGACGCCACCGGUUGUACCCAAACCAGAAAAAUUAGAUCUUAAACCAAUGUCUCCUAUACACGAGGAGUCUGACUCGGAUGCAGAAUUACCAUCACCUAAAGAGUUUAAUAAACCUGUGAUAAAGGAGGAGCUAGUAGAAGUCAAUCAUGUUCAUCAUAGUGUGAAUGACACUUCAUUAACCAAUCAUGUGUCAGAAAUGAAAAAUGGGCGGACUAGUCCUGAAUCUCCAACCAAUGAUAAACCUGUGUUAAAUAAUAAACAUCCGAACAAGUUGAAUCACAAAAAAGACAUAAAAGUUUGGAAUCAUAAUGUGAAUUUAAGGCAGCUGGUGGUGAAAGAGGUUCGGAAGCCGGGAAGGAGAUAUGAUGCAUUGUUUGAACAUAUGAACAAAGUUCAGGGAAGUUAUGAAAUCAAGCGUGCCUUUGUCCAGGAGAUCAUCCACGAGGCCGGGAGAUUCAAGAAGAAAGUGCUUAUUAAUUUGUUAGAACAAUUUGAGAAAUCUUUGACUCCACAUUCCAAAACUAAUGAUAAAGUCAGAUGAUACAUAUGAACAAAGUAUUUGUGACACGAAUGUGCAUGUGGCAUAUAUUUUAUAUUUUUCCUACACAAGUUAUGUAUUAUUCAUUGUUUCUUUAACAUUAGCCUUGCAUAAGAUUAGUGUUCUCAAAAAAAUAGUUUUGUAAUAUUCAUUGCCCUAAUACCAAUAAGGAAGUUAACAGCUUAAGUUACUGGAUCACUGUUUGACAAGAGUUUGGCUUUCAUAUUAAAAGUUACAAACAGAUAUUGUCAAAAAGACGAGUAAUAUCUAUGAAAUUAUGGCUUAAGAUAAUUUUUCCUAAUAAUUUGUUUUUUCCCUGUGAUUCUAGUUCUGUUCAAAAUAUAAAGAGUGCAGGUUUGAUUUACAUACUGUUUUAUAAAACUAAGUUUACUUAGAAAAAGGUGGUGUUGAAACCCAGCAAAACAGAUCGGGCAAUAAGGAAGGAAUCAUAGAGAAAUAAAGAAUGAAUUGUGAAAUAGUGCUUGUAAAAACAUCUAUCUUUAAUUAGUGCUUACAAUGUUGGAAAAUUGCAUUAGAGAAUAAAUAUUUUUUGUUAAGUGUUACUGAAAACAAAAAUUAUUUUUGAUUUUGAAAUUAAAAGUCCAUAAACAUAACCCGUGAUUUCAAAAUACCAGUACUCUGAUGUCUGGAAAUAGGAAGCUAUUUGUUUGAUGGCUAAGUGAGGCAGUGCAGUUGGGAAAUAAUUUAUUGUGUACUUUGAAAUGUUUGAAUGUUGAUCAUUUAACGUAGUGGACCCUUAAUGACAAUUGCCAAUUUCUGCUUGACAUCAUAUUCUCUGAUUGUGACUUUGGCUUUGCCUGAAAGGUUCAUAAAUAUGUAUGCUUGUGUCUGCAAUUUUUUUUUUUUAUUUAACGGGGCCAUUCAUAGGUGCCUUCCCCUGAGAAAAUUUCUUUCAGAUCAUGCAGUUUUCCUCAAAUAUUGACUUUACAUCAGGUUUUUUUUUAUUCCCCUUUUUAGCUCACCUGUCACAAAGUGACAAGGUGAGCUUUUGUGAUCGCGCGGUAUCCGUCGUCCGUGCGUGUGUCCGUAAACUUUUGCUUGUGACCACUCUAGAGGUCACAUUUUUCAUGGGAUCUUUAUGAAAGUUGGUCAGAAUGUUCAUCUUGAUGAUAUCUAGGUCAAGUUCGAAACUGGGUCACGUGCCAUCAAAAACUAGGUCAGUAGGUCUAAAAAUAGAAAAACUUUGUGACCUCUCUAGAGGCCAUAUAUUUCACAAGAUCUUUAUGAAAAUUGGUCAGAACAUUCACCUUGAUGAUAUCUAGGUCAAGUUCGAAACUGGGUCACGUGCCAUCAAAAACUAGGUCAGUAGGUCUAAAAAUAGAAAACCUUGUGACCUCUGUAGAGGCCAUAUAUUUCACAAGAUCUUCAUGAAAAUUGGUCAGAACAUUCACCUUGAUGAUAUCUAGGUCAAAUUUGAAACUGGGUCACGUGCCGUCAAAAACUAGGUCAGUAGGUCAAAUAAUAGAAAAACCUUGUGACCUCUCUAGAGGCCAUAUUUUUCAUGGGAUCUGUAUGAAAGUUGGUCUGAAUGUUCAUCUUGAUGAUAUCUAGGUCAAGUUUGAAACUGGGUCACGUGCGGUCAAAAACUAGGUCAGUAGGUCUAAAAAUAGAAAAACUUUGUGACCUCUCUAGAGGCCAUAUAUUUCAUGAGAUCUUCAUGAAAAUUGGUCAGAAUGUUCACCUUGAUGAUAUCUAGGUCAAGUUCGAAAGUGGGUCACGUGCCUUCAAAAACUAGGUCAGUAGGUCAAAUAAUAGAAAAACCUUGUGACCUCUCUAGAGGCCAUUUUUUUCAUGGGAUCUGUAUGAAAGUUGGUCUGAAUGUUUGUCUUGAUGAUAUCUAGGUCAAGUUCGAAAGUGGGUCACGUGCCGUCAAAAACUAGGUCAGUAGGUCAAAUAAUGGAAAAACCUUGUGACUUCUCUAAAGGCCAUAUUUUUCAUGGGAUCUGUAUGAAAAUUGGUCUGAAUGUUCAUCUUGAUGAUAUCUAGGUCAAGUUCGAAACAGGGUCAUGUGCGGUCAAAAACUAGGUCAGUAGGUCUAAAAAUAGAAAAACCUUGUGACCUCUCUAGAGGCCAUACUUGUGAAUGGAUCUCCAUAAAAAUUGGUCAGAAUGUUCACCUUGAUGAUAUCUAGGUCUAGUUUGAAACUGGGUCACGUGCCUUAAAAAACUAGGUCAGUAGGUCAAAUAAUAAAAAAACCUUGUGACCUCUCUAGGGGCCAUACUUUUCAUGGGAUCUGUAUGAAAGUCUGAAUGUUCAUCUUGAUGAUAUCUAGGUCAAGUUUGAAACCGGGUCAACUGCAGUCAAAAACUAGGUCAGUAGGUCUAAAAUUAUUAAAAUCUUUUGACCUUUCUAGAGGCCAUAUUUUUCAAUGGAUCUUCAUUAAAAUUGAUCUGAAUGUUCACCUUGAUGAUAUCUAGGUCAGUUUCGAAACUGGGUCACGUGCGAUCAAAAACUAGGCCAGUAGCUAUAAAAAUAGAAAAACCUUGUGACCUCUCUAGAGGCCAUAUUUUUCAUGAGAUCUUCAUGAAAAUUAGUGAGAAUGUUCACCUUGAUGAUAUCUAGGUAAAGGUCAAAACAGGGUCGCGUACCUUUGAAAACUAGGUCAAUAGGUCAAAUAAUAGAAAAACCUUGUGACCUCUCUAGAGACCAUAUUUUUCAAUGGAUCUUCAUGAAAAUUGGUCAGAAUUUUUAUCUUGAUAAUAUCUAGGUCAGGUUCAAAACUGGGUCACAUGAGCUGAAAAACUAGGUCACUAUGUAAUAGAAAAAACGAUGUCAUACUCAAAACUGGGUCAUGUGGGAAGAGGUGAGCGAUUCAGGACCAUCAUGGUCCUCUUGUUCCAAAUACUGAGCUAUUUUUUCCCCAAAUUUACAGGCCUGGGCCCCUUCUCCUCUUGGUAAAAAAAACCCCUGGAUUUGGAGAAAACGUUAUCACAAAGAAAUUGCCAGUUGUCAAUAUGGAUUCAGUGCAGUAAUGACCAGACUAGUGCAAAGGUUGUCUGUUAAAAAUUAUGUGCUUUUUUGCUUGUAAAUCCUUGACUCGGACUGUGAUAUGUUAAAUUUACAUACUUGUAUUAUUUGCUAUAUAAAUGUUUCUUAAAUGUUGGAAAUAGAUACUGUGAAAACUUCAAAUUCCUUUGAUGUAUAUGAGAUUGUGGUUUUGUCCAAACUCCUACUCCAAAUCUUUUUUUUUCUUUGGGAUUGAUUAACCGAUUACACAAUGAAAAAAGUUUCAAAAUUAUAAUGUUUUUACAGUGUCGGUUGUAACUUGUUCUUAACUGAUAAAGGCAAUUAUUCUGUUAGUUAUGUUUGUAAAAUUGUUCAUAAUUCUGUUAUGUUAGCAUCAGGGAAAAAAUUGAUUACACAUUACUGAAUCUAUUUUAACAAAUUUUUCUCUCGCAGAUUUGUAAUCCUUGAAAAAAAGAUUGAUUUUGGUUGGGAUCUGGGGAAAUGUCACUAGCUAUAUCUGGGGAAUUAUAGCAUGUAGUUAAUGUGUUUGCCAUGAAUUAGAUGAACAGGAAAUGUUGGGGAAAAACAAACCGUUGCUGCAAAAAAACCAAACAAACUGUUACUAUAGGCUCUAAAAGUGCAAGAGUAAAAAUCAAAUGAACUAAAAGGGCCACCUCAGAAAACAAAACUUUAUAACCUUGUUUCCUCAGAAAACUUGCUAUAAUCUCAAAAAAGAGCAAAAAAAAUCAAAUUAAUGGCAAGAUGGAUAAAGUUUUAAGAUAAGUUGCAAUAAACAUUUGUUUGGAUUUGAGAUAUUGAAAGUGGAUAAAUAGUGUUUUAUUGUAAAAACAAAAAGAGGAUGGCUAGGAAGUGUAUAACUGAAAUAUGAAUACCACUCGAAAAUGUCUUGCCUUUUCUGUUGUAAUAUUGGUUUAGUUACACCAAUUGGUUUUAACUCAUUUGUGUUGAAAAUUUGUUGAAUCACUCUCAACUCUGCUUCCUGAGAAAAAAAAAAGCUGUUACACUGUCAUCAUGCGGUGUGGCUGUAACCCAAGUUCAACUCCAACCCACAUCCUCGAGACUGAGCGAAGGACUUCUCAACCGGAAGACCGCUAUUUCCUUUAAAUGGUUUCCAUUCUCGGAAAAGACCUUAUGCAUUUAGGUGUAUGUUGUUUGUAUUUUUAUCUUGCCCAUAGUAUGUAUAUUUCAUGACAAAGAGCAAUAUUGUGAUAUUUCAUGACCCAUUACACAUUCUGUUUUGUCAUGUGAUAUUUCAUGGUUCAUUACACAUAAAUGUUGUCAUUACACACUGUGUUUUGUCAUGUGAUAUUUCAUGGUCCAUUUCACAUCAUGAUUUGACAUGUUCAUUAAUCAUUUAAACACUGUUUAUUGUGGUGUAACUGCAGUUGUAUGAGUGGUGACCUGUUUCCAAGGCAGUUUUUUCACGAGGGUUUAAAUCAACUGUAUAUUAUGAUUCCAGUUUUAAGUGCAUAUCCGAGAGUCGAAGCAUUAUCUGACUACCAUUAUAUAGGUGAAAUAAUACACAGUAAAACAUUGAAAGCUUGAGAUUGCAACAGGGUGAGAAACAUGUUCAAAUUAUCUAUGUUUCAGAGCAAUCUAAAAAUAGGAAAAUAAAGGAAAACACCCCGGAGACCACAUCCAUUGCACAAGCAAGCCCUCUGUGCUUAGGACAGUGUUUCACUGUAAUUGAAAAUAUUUGCAGAACUAAAAUAUUUAAUGAUUGGCAUCAGGAAGACUAGUUAGCUAGUCAUGAUUGGCAUCUAACCAUUAUGCAAAGUAGUUAAUUUUGAUUUAAGAAAGGUAGAAUGGUACUUACUUUACAGUUCUUACAGAAAAUCAAAACAAUAUGUGUCAGGCUGUUUCUUUUUUAGAGACCGCUUUCAUCAAAAGUGUUAAUUUUCAAUUGUAAUGCCAAAAGUGCUUUUAGUUUUGUUAAAAAUUUUAUUUAUUAAAUGGUACCAGAAAUAUUAGAUUUUACAAAAAAUGUGUUUGCUAAAAUUACAGUAAAUUCCAAGACAAAUAUUACCAUACAAAAAAGAUUAAAAGACCUUCGUGGAAGUUAAAUUUCUUUAACUAUGUUUGUGCAGCACAUUUUAAAUAAACUACAUUACAGACCUUUGAUAUAAUUACAGUGUAUAUGUACUGUAGUUAUACCAUGAUAAAUGGUAAUUGUGCAUCAGUUGAAUCUCCAAUGUGCAGCUUAUUGUUGAAUAAAAAAUGAUGAACAAAUAUA